GCCGACGCAGGACAUAAAAGCUGCGGGCGCGGACUCCCGCGCCGACUUUGGGUUGCACUAGGGCGACUCCGGGUAACCGAGCUUCACAGUCCAGCGAAGGCAGCGCCUCUUCCCACGAAAGGACCCGGUGUUCAGUACUCCAGCCAAAGGCUCCGCUGAGCAGUCACCAUGCCCAACUUCUCUGGCAACUGGAAGAUCAUCCGCUCGGAAAACUUCGAAGAUUUGCUUAAAGAGCUGGGAGUGAAUGUGAUGCUGCGGAAGAUUGCCGUGGCGGCUGCCUCCAAGCCUGCUGUGGAGAUCAAGCAGGACGGGGACACCUUCUACAUCAAAACCUCCACUACCGUGCGCACCACUGAAAUCAACUUCAAGAUUGGAGAGGAAUUUGAAGAGCAGACAGUGGAUGGCAGGCCCUGCAAGAGCCUGGUGAAGUGGGAGCGUGAGAACAAGAUGGUCUGCGAGCAGAGACUUUUGAAGGGAGAGGGUCCCAAGACCUCCUGGACUCGGGAGCUGACCAAUGAUGGCGAGCUGAUCCUGACCAUGACAGCCGAUGAUGUGGUGUGCACUAGGGUCUACGUGCGAGAAUGAACGGCUACAGACUGGAGAGCUGCUGGGGCCCACUGCCAGCUUGCAUACCUGUUCCCCUGCCCUUUGGGCCAUGUUCCUGCCCCUCCCCGCUUCCUUCUAGACUAGCUGUCCCAUCACCCUGGUUGCUUCCUGGGGAGGCUGGGCUGCCUCUUGAAGGGACUCAGCUUUCUGGGUCCUAUAUCCCCUUUCUACUCCUACCUAUUCCAGAAUGUGUUCCCCACCCCCUACCCCUACAGCCCCCAUCCCAGCCCCAGCCCUGACAGAUGUAAGGGACCCAAUGGGAAAGGCUGUCCCUCUGGCUUCACUCUCUGUGGCCUGUAUGGUGUAGAAUAUUUAUUGGUUUAUUUUAUUAAAAUGUUUUUAAAAAUUAA